UGUUUUUUUUUAGGACAUUUUAGGAUCCAGACAUUCCUCAAACCAACUAGAUACAUAUUCAGUCCACUGGCUGAUACAAAGAUGAACGUAUUUCCUGAACAAAGAUGGUGGCCCACCAACUGCUUGGAUAGAAAACUUGUGAAAGUUUUUUAAAAAGAUCAGUUUUUUCCAGAUGGCUCAAAGAAUCUUGUUGAAAUAUAAAGAUAGCUUCAGAAGAACAGGAAGUGGUUUUAAAAGACCUGGGUUUUUCAAACGCCACUGGCUAAUUAUCUGUUAGAGAAACUGAUGUUUCCUCUGUAACUUGAAUUCUUGACAGUAUUAAUUAUGGUUAAUUACACAAGUUUAAGGGAAGCUUGAGCUUGCAUGCUUAGACUAAAGGAGUGUAUGCUCAACAGCUCAAAAUGUGCAUAAACUCACAAAAAUAGGCAACCAAAAUGUUUUCAAAAACAGGAGCACUAAUGACAAGUAUAAGGGUUUAAUUAAGAGUCUAGUCAAACUGCCGGUGCUGCUACAUGUGGAAACAGCUUUAGAGGCCAAACGUUUGAGCCAUUCUCUAAUUUUCUUUGGUAUGAAACUUUCUGUUUCCAGGCUCAGCUCAUUAGCAAGCAGCUUCGUUAACCUCAGACAAGUUAACGAACUCUAUUCGAGCUGAAUAUUAACAUGGACUCAGAGGCCACGCUCACACAUUGCAGGACUCGUCGUCAUUGGCUGUUGUAGCAGAGAGGCUGACCUAAACCUGAGAUGGGCGAGGUGCACUUGGAUGAGCUGGAUCUAGGGGCGGGGUUUGAGUUGGAAGCAGAGAAACAAGGAUGUCCUGAGGUGGAGGAAAAGGAGCUCCGUACAUAUUGUAAGCCACAGAGAACUCCAACCAAGGGGGACAUUAGCAUCACUGGAGCAGUUACCAUGGAAACCAGGGGGUUGGAGGAGGAAAAACUGCCAAAGAAGAUGGAAGAGGAGGAGGUGCAGAGAUGGAGGGAGCUGUUCCCUGAAAUAAAGAAAUGCAUGAUUGUGGUGGUUCGUCACAAAUUCGACAAACUCAAUGUGCUGAAGCAGAAACAAGAGGAGGAGGAGGUGAGGUCACAUGACCCAGAGCCAGUCUCUGACUGGAUGGAGCCGUUGGAACCAGGCGAUGACAGCAGCAGCUGUGGCAGAUUGAAGAGAUUUGUGAAAAAGGUGGAGGUCAAAGUUAAGGCAAAUCACGUCCCUGUUAACAGGCCCAGGAGACCCUGUGGCCGGCACAGAGGGUCUGCUGUGCUGAAGCUGAGACAGAGCUGUGAUGUCAUCAGCGUAAACCCCACCCACCGUCAGCGGCACCUCCACAAGCGCACUAAGGAAAACAACAACAUAAUCGAUCCAUCAGAGACUGACCACAACUAUAGCCUCAACAACAAAUUGCCAGACAGUCCGGAGGGCGGCAGCCAAUCACAGGGUGCCAGUCUGUCUUCCUGUGGACACGAAGCUGGAGACUCCAGCAGCUGCUCGACAGGCCCUGCUGUCUGUCCUCCUCCUCUCUGUGCUAAUAACACUGUUUUUCUUGCAGAGAAGAAGAAUCCUCCUCCUAUAGUGUUUAAAAAGGUCGGGGGGGAUCAGUGGGUGCUGAGGAGGUCAGAGGUCAAAAAACAAGAAGAGGAGGGGGACAAAAAGAUGAAGACAAAGAAUGAAAACCUGCCACCACACAUGCAGGCACUAUGUCCAAGGAAGCGUCGGACAGCCUGUAGGCAGUGCGAAGCCUGUCUCAGGGAGGACUGUGGGAAGUGUACUUUCUGCCGGGAUAAAAAGAAGUUUGGUGGUCCAGAGAGGAUGAAGCAAAAGUGUCGCUUAAGAACGUGUCUGGUUAUGAGACAGCCCGCGCCUUCCACCAGCAUCCAGGCUGGAGAGGAGACAGUUAGCACAGCAACAGCACCAGCUGAACCCUGUGGUCACUGGUGGGGGAGAUGGAGGGAUGAGAACACCACAGAGGAAGAAGGGAAGAACCUAAUGCAGGGCAGGAAGGGGUGGGGGUGGAGGUGGGAAAGAAACAGGGCAAAGAUGAAAAGAGAUGGAAAGUGGACCCAUCGCUGGAGGAAGAAGGAAGAAGAAGCAGCAAAACGAGGACCAGCACAGGAGAUGGGGUGGAGGAGGUGGAGGAGCAGGUGGAGAUGGAGGAAGAGAGAGUCAGAGGACGAUGACUGGACUCCACCUCUGACAAGGCUGGAAGAAGACGAGGAGGAGGAGCAGAAGGAGGAAGUAAAGAAAGAGGAACCAAAUGAGAUGUGUCCAUCUCACUUACCUGGUUGUCCAGCUGACUGUGUUCAUCAUUACACUGUACAGUUUCCUUCGUUUGAACUGGUCAGUGGAACUGGAGAGCUGCCUCCUGAAGGACUGAUGACUGGGACACACAUACAGCUGAACUUGACUCUGGACAGAAGCCAUUUUACUCCCAGCAUCCUCUCUGACGCCACCUUCAACACACAGUCAGGACUGCAGCCUCAGGAGGGUUCAGGCCUCCACAUGUCCACUGGUCUCGCCUACACCCCUUCUUCUCUUCAUCCUCUGCUCCUCCAGCCCAAAGAGGAGGAGGAGGCUGUGGACAUCGAUAUGCACAGGAGGAUGGGAGCUGAGGAUGGGGGCAUGAUGGAGGAGACAACAGCACAGGUGGAGGAGGAGGAGUGCCGCAAAGGAGUGACGGAUGGAGGAAAGUACUAUGAGGUGGAGGUGGAGGUGCCAGGCUCCGACUCUGAGGAGGAGAUGCUGAUGGCGGCAUCACUUGCUGCUGAGGUCACUGAUGAUGUCACCAAAAAAGUGACAUAUGAUGUCACAGCAUCUUACCCCAUCUACAAACCCCCAGAAUGCAUUUCACUGAGUUCCGGGUCAUUCCACCUGUUAGGAGGCGGGCUCAGUGAUGGUGUCACAGGUGGGUGGAGCCUGUUACGCCUGCUGCGGGCACUGAGGAGGAUGGUUCUGCCAGCUCACUGGGUGGCUGUUCUGGCUGAUGGACCUCUGCUGCAGCUGCUGCAGUGCUCCAGGCUGUCCUCCAUGGCCGACACCAUCGUCCACAUCCAACCUGAUCGCUGCUUCUACAUCACUGUCCAGAGCCGACUGCUGCCUGACACACACACUCUGUACCACACGCACACACUGAGGAUCACAAACCUCAGUCAGGUGGUGUCUCUGCUGUUGGAGCUGGAGCAGCUGAUCAUUUGUCGAGGAUCAAGGGUUAGAUCCUCCACCUGUCGACUAGACGUACGAUCACCUACCUGCCACCUGCUAGUGGCCCCACCAUGCCUCACCUGUCUGCCCUGCCUGCUGGACGGCGAGGAGGAGGAGGAGGAAGAUGAGGAAGAGGAAGAAGUGAGAGAGGAUGAACUGCCUGUCGCUGAGCCCUGCCCUCACUUCUGACCUGUCACAGCCAUUUUCCCCUUAAGUGCUUCUAGAGGAACAAAAACUGCAGUCUGGUGGAGAUAAGAAGUCACCUGACAGGAAGUUGCCUGAUCAGGAAAAGACCAGGAAAAAUCUAAUUCUCUGCUUCAAACUUAAUUUAGGGCAGUAAAAGUGCUUCUCCUGAGAACCUGCAACACACACAGGAAGCGAUGUCACACUAACUCUGCACAUACACACACUAAGUUUGGUCUGAUUGCAGUCGUGGUCGAGGUUCCUGUGUUAACAUGCUAACAAACAUGUUUACACACUGUAAAGCUGUUGAUGUUAUUGUAGCUCACCCUCAGAUAUUAAUGAUAUUUAAAGGUGGUAUGCUAGCAGUUUAGUGUGCUUAAACAUUACCCAGGUUAUUAAACAUGUAAAACAAAAACAUUAGACUGGAAAACACUUAGUAUUAGCAUUAGCACAUAUUAGUACACUAACAGUUAUAUAUAAUAAAAAUGAGGACAUUCAGCACAAAAAUCUAAAUAUAAGCCUGCAAAAGUUAUUGGUAAGAAGAGGGUGCUAAUAUUGUUACUUGUAAACAAGCAUGAACUUGCACAGUAUAAAAACACUUGUAGUGUUUCUACAUGCGAACACAAUGUAAUACAGUGGGUACGGAAAGUAUUCAGACCCCCUUAAAUGUUUCACUCUUUGUUAUAUUGCAGCCAUAUAC